AUGACGGGUGGUUCAACUUAUAGCAGUACAUCAGUGUCUCCAACCGAUUUGGAACAUAAUGAAUCUAGGAAAGCAAGCAGCAAUGGACAAUUGGAUGAUGUUGCAUUCAGGAGGAAAACAUUGGAUUCGGAGAAUAUUGCUCAGAAGAAGAGUACUCCUGUUGUGAUUUUCAUCAACGCCACAAUCAUAGGAUUAGUAGCAGUUACUUGGUGCCUUUCUACUCAGUUCAGUAAGACCGCACUCAAUUUUGAUAAGAAAAACUUCAAUGCUCCAUACUUUAUGAUGUGGUUCAACACAAAUCUGAUGCUUCUCUGUUUCCCAGUUUACGUGUUUGUUGACAAGUUGAGAUCGAGAAGAGAAAUUGGAGAAAUUGUGGGCGAAACGUUUCGAACUUUUGGAAAAAAGAAGGGAUUCAGUGUACGCAAUUUGUUCGUUUACGUGACUCCUUUCGUUGUUUUCUGGGUCGGUGCAAACUAUCCAUAUGUCCGUGCUCUUCUGCUAAUAACUCCAAGUGUAGCCACUUCUAUCAGUGCAUGUAAUGCUGCUUUCGUUUAUAUUCUGGCUAUUAUUCUUCUCGGAGAUAAAGUUAAUAUUUUCAAGAUCUUCUCAGUAGUCCUCGCUAUCGGUGGAGUCGUUGUAAUUUCUUUGGAUAAUGAAAUGAGAAUCGAGUGGCUUGGAAUUCUAUUCGCUUUUAUAUCCGCAUUUAUGGCAGCUGUAUAUAAAGUUUCCUUCAAGAGAAUCAUUGGAAAUGCAUCACUCGGAGAUGUUUCACUCUUUAUGACUUGUCUUGGCUUUUUGAAUCUGACCAUCAACUGGGUUCCUGCUUUGAUAUUGGCGUUGACUGGAGUGGAAACUCUUCAUUUUGCUUAUGCGCCAUGGGGACCAAUGAUUGGAGCUGCAUUGCUUUCGAUGGUUGGAAUGUUAUGUGGAAUCCCUUUGAAUACUGUCAUCGAUAUUCUAUUCCGUGGACUCGAAGCAACACCUCUUUUCAUAAUUGGAACAUGUCUGAUCAUCCUCUCAUUCCUUCUCAUCAUCAUUCCGUAUGACAAGUUGAAUCUCAAUGGAAACUGCACUAGUUGCUCCAAAAAUGACAAAACUUCUGCGACUGUUUGCGAGAAACUGUAG